GCUCCGAUUGAUUCUCGUAUGGCCGGUGGAGGAGCCGCGACGGAUGUCGCGCCAGUGGCCACGUGCGGAGGUUAGCGCGAGGCCGCUCUUUUCGUCCGGGAGCAGCUUCGACGCGUGGACCGCGUCGACGAGCUUAAGGACGCUACGGCGGCGCGUGCGUGCGUUCGUGCGCCCCUCCACGGGCGUUUCGGGGGCGCGGGGCUUUCGAACCGGGGCGCCUGGGCCCGCCGAUAAUUGUCCAGUUAAUUUCUUCUAAUUGCGGCUGCGGAGGUGGAGGCGGACGCCCACGCGCAAUUGCGAUCUCGCGGUGAGGGACGGGAUGACGACGCGCGCGGUGCCGCGGUAGAAGCCGAGGAGCCGUCGACGGGAUCGAUCGGGGCUGCGGAGGAUGGCGCACGAUAAGCAGCGGGCCCACCGCCACGAGGACGAGGACGAGGAGGAGGUGGAGCUGAGGGCGCUGCAGAGGCGCACGCGCUUCCAUGUUAACCGGGUCGACAGUAUGGAGGGCAGGGCCAGCCUCCUUGGGGAGCAGGAGACGAGGAAGUCACUCAGGAACAUGACGCGCGAGGCACUGCCGAGGCUCGACAACUACCGCAACAUUCUCAGCAUCCAGGCGGCGCAUCGGCCUUCCCUCGACGAGCUUCACAAUCCUACCCUCGACAAGAAUACAACAUGCAAUGCGGCAAGAGCACGCGAUUCCGUAAUACUACAUGCAAAACUAUCAAGUACUGGAGUGAAAUUCGGCUGGAUUCAAGGAGUUUUAAUACGAUGUCUCCUCAAUAUAUGGGGUGUUAUGUUAUUUUUGCGACUAUCUUGGGUUGUAGCACAAACUGGAAUAGUUGAAGCAGUACUACUGAUUUUAACAACAACCAUUGUAACAACCAUAACGUCCCUCUCCAUGUCAGCAAUCAGCACAAAUGGGCUCAUUAAAGGGGGUGGAACGUACUACAUGAUUUCAAGAUCACUGGGUCCUGAAUUUGGAGGAUCGAUAGGAUUGAUUUUUUCACUAGCCAAUGCUGUUGCGUGUGCCAUGUAUGUCGUGGGUUUCUGCGAAAGUAUGGUCGACUGCUUAAAAGCCUACGACAUUUGUAUAUUUAACUGCGGCAGCACUGACAUACGAAUAAUAGGAGUAAUAACGAUAUCGGUUUUAUUACUAAUCGUUAUGGUGGGUAUGGAAUGGGAGGCAAAAACUCAGAUUGGACUGUUGGCUAUUUUACUCCUAGCUAUCGCAGACUUUUUCAUAGGGACGUUUAUUGGACCAAAAAACAAUGCCGAGAAAGCCAAGGGUUUUAUAGGCUACAAUGCCGAGCUAUUUAAAGAAAACUUCUAUCCAGAUUAUCGUAGUAGCGAAGGUACUUCGCACAAUUUCUUUUCAGUUUUUGCCAUUUUCUUUCCGGCCGCAACCGGCAUAUUGGCCGGCGCUAAUAUAUCAGGAGACUUAAAGGAUCCUCAAUCAGCAAUACCUAAAGGAACGUUACUGGCCGUUCUAAUUACAACGACAACUUACCUUUUAAUGGCAGUAAUGGUAGGGGCAACGGUAGUACGCGAUGCUAGUGGGGACAUUUCCGACUUAAUGGGUGUCCUUAAUGCGUUCAGCACAAUGUCGCUAAAUGAUUCGAUACAACCUAUCUUAUCGGAAAAUCAGACUAGAAACUGGAGUCCUUAUGGCACUGAUUUCAACUGCACCGCCAAGCAGCGCUGUAAUUACGGAAGUCAAAACAGUUUUCAGGUGAUUGAGUUGGUUGCUGCCUUUGGUCCAUUUAUAUAUGCCGGAUGCUUUGCGGCGACUCUUUCAAGUGCUCUAGCAUCUCUCGUAUCGGCUCCCAAAGUUUUUCAGGCUUUAUGCAUGGAUAAAUUAUAUCCGGGAAUACAUUGGUUUAGUGGGGAGGAAGGCAAAGAACCUAUUAGAGGAUAUUUACUCAGCUUUAUUAUCGCCAUUGGUUUUAUUCUUAUUGGUGAAUUAAAUGCCAUCGCGCCACUUAUCUCAAACUUUUUCUUAGCUGCCUACACACUCGUCAAUUUCAGCACAUUUCACGCCUCGUUCACUAAACCUAUUGGUUGGCGUCCUACAUUCAAAUACUAUAACAUGUGGCUAAGCCUCGCCGGUGCAAUUUUAUGCGUGGCUGUGAUGUUUUUGAUUUCAUGGUGGACCGCCCUUAUAACUUUGUGCGUCGUUUUGGCUUUGUAUCUAAUAGUUUCCUACAGAAAACCAGAUGUUAAUUGGGGAUCAACUACGCAGGCCCAAACUUACAACAAUGCUUUAAUGUCGGUACAACAACUGGAUCGAGUAGAAGAUCACGUUAAGAAUUACAGACCGCAGAUUCUCGUAUUGACUGGCAAACCUGGUUCGCGCUCGUCGCUUCUUGAUUUUGCACAUCACAUUACGAAAAAUCAAAGCCUUUUAGUCUGCGGUCACAUAGUCGAGAGUCCUCUUCCAUACAAAACCCGAUCAAUGAUGUUAUUAAAUACAACAUCGUGGUUAAGAACGAACAAAGUGAAAGCCUUUUAUUCGGUUGUCGACGGGGCAACAUUUCAAGACGGCGCUACUUCUCUUAUGCAAGCCUGCGGACUUGGCAAAAUGCAUCCGAAUAUUCUGCUAAUGGGAUACAAACAAGAUUGGUUGACAUGCCCGAAAGAAAAUCUAGUUAUGUACUUCAAUGUCAUGCAUAAGGCCUUGGACAUGCAUAUAGCAGUGGCUUUAUUAAGAAUGAGCGAAGGUUUGAAUUAUGAAAUUACCGAGGAGGAUGCUCAGGAUUUACAUAAGAAAGCAAAUAGACUGCCAGCAAAUCAAAGCUUUUCACAACUAAGUCAGGCAAGUAGUGUCUCGGAUGUCUCGAUGCCUGGUAGUCCGACACCUAGAAGAGGAGAAAAGAUCAUCAACGAAAGUCCCAAUCCUAAUGGCAAUUCAACAAAUCGCGACGAACAAAAUGACAACCAGAGCCAUUUUAUUAAUAUAUCAAAGGACGUUUUUAAUUCCCUGAGCAAGUUUCAAAAGAAGCAAAAGAAAGGCACAAUUGACGUUUGGUGGCUUUAUGACGACGGUGGGCUAACGUUACUCUUACCAUACAUCAUAAGCACGAGACGCAAUUGGUCCAGCUGUAAAUUACGAGUUUUCGCAUUAGCAAAUAGGCAUUCGGAAUUGGAAUACGAGCAACGAAGCAUGGCCAGUCUGCUUUCCAAGUUCCGAAUAGAUUAUUCAGCUUUAAAAGUAAUAUCUGGCAUUUCGAAGUCAGCCCAGCCACACACGGUUAACUUUUUCGAAACUCUCAUAACCGACUUUAUUCAAGAUAAUACAUCUCGUACUAAUCCCAAUGUCGACGAAGGUGGCGUUAUUAAAGAAUCCGAACGGAUAGCUAUGAAGGAGAAAACAAAUAGGCAUUUGCGUCUACGAGAAUUGCUGCAAGAAAAUUCGAUGGAGGCAAAUCUAAUUGUCAUGACACUGCCGAUGCCGAGAAAAGGUGCAGUAUCGGCACCUCUCUACAUGGCCUGGCUUGAAGCACUUACGCGCGACAUGCCUCCUUUUCUUCUAGUUAGAGGAAAUCAUACGUCCGUUCUAACAUUUUAUUCAUGAUGUGCUUAUAUAUUUGCAUACAAAAUAACGUAGCAUUAACUAAUUAAACAAUAUUAGUAUUCAAGAUACUAGCAUAGAUGUUGGUAUUGUUGUUUUCAAAUAAAUGAUAUCUGAUCCAUUAUGCAUGUAAAAAUUGUUUUGUCAGCUGUAUGACUUAGUGUUAUGAAAUUUAAUAGAUGAACUGCAACCGUAGCUUAUCCAAAAGAAUUGAAAAAUUCUUUUCCUUGCAUUGUACUCAAAACAAUAUUUCGAUGUAUUUGCAGAUAUAUUUUUUUACUAUCGUCCUC